AUGUUUGCUCAAGACCAGGCUCGUGCUGUAACUAGUCAACAACAGCCCAUGUCAUCUAACAAGCUGCCUGGUUUCUACUUCCGAAAACGUGUCGAAAGAAUUGAUUGGAGACGCUUGGGUAAUUUUGCACUUCCCUACAUACUGACUUAUAAUACAAGCCUCUGUUGAUGUCUGUCAGGUCGCUAGUCAAAUGGACAUUGAUGCUUUGCAGGAUAAUCUUGUCAGCGUAGCUUUUUGUGACAUCACUUCGGAGUUGGUGAGUUUUUUGCCUGGCUAUGGAUUUCUGACGAACUAAAACUCUCUUACAACAGGAUACACGAUACGUGGAUACAAAUUUCAUAAAGCUGUUUCAGCUGGCCCAGCUACUAAUAGAAUACCUUCUCGUGAGUUUUUUAUGCAACUUAUCGCCACACUUUUUUGAUUUUCCACUUCCAUUCGUGUAAGUUGACCAGACUGCGAGAAUUUACUGAAGGGAUUGCAAUUUACUAGGCAUCGCGAUUAUUGUAAUUUAAGUCCAAACUCGAGGUGAAGUCAAAUAAAUUUUAAACACCUCUCGUUUACCCUCUAAAGAGUCAAAUGAGAUACUACUCGGUUUUUAGUAGCUGUUGUGCAGCAUAGUAAACUGACAGUUCUCGUUUUCCCCCUAUUUUGAGCCCAAAUGACCAUUUAAAUAAACAUUUUCUUUAAUAUGUUUUAGUACUCUCAAGAAUACCUUACCAACGGUCUAGAGGCUGUCAAAUUGGAAAAUGAAAACCUUAAGAAGGUGAGACUGAGUGCGAUCCAAGUCUUUUUCUGGGUCAUAAAGGAUGCAUUCAUUUCUUGCUUUCAGUAAUUCAUUUGCUUAUUUGUAUAUUAUCCCUUGGGAGGGCCAAUCGUUAAAAAGGUGUCUUGGUCUAAACCUUCGGGCUAAAUUUUAGAUUACUCUCUCAUGGCUUAACACAUCGUAAACUAACGGAUAGACUACAGCUAGCGUUAGUAAAAUCCUUACCACUGACUGCUAAAUACACAAGCAUUAAUCAAAACGUCUAAUUAUGAUUUCCUUUUCCUUCUCACUGAAGCUUACGGCCCAUUCUUACUCGAUUCGUCUAAUUUUAUUUGCGGUGGCUUCAGGAUCACUAUUGAGUAUUUUCAGGUAUCUGAAACUGACGUCACAGAGAUAGUCAGGUAGGGCUCUGACGGUUUUCGCAUCCCCAAGGUUUUGCCUCGUCAGCUGCAGUCUUGCUAACUGAACGCUUGCGAAAAUCCCAUAGAUUUAUUAACUUGCCUCUGAAGUAAGUACUGUGUUGUGUCUUCUGACAUUUUACUUAACGGGAUCUAAGUGACAGAUGGCAGCCUCAAGCAUAAUGCUCUCCGCUUGAUGCCGUCGUCCCUGUUUUCAUCUGGAACAUCAUUCAGGUGGCCGACCGAAUCGUUACUUCUCGAUGCUAACCGUUGACAUUCUUAUUCAGUGACUUCAAAGCAUCCUUCGUAUCCUUCGACGAUGUUCUUUCUACCCUUGUGGGCUUCAAGUCACACCAAGUUUACCCGGGACACUAGUUGAACUCUGUAACGCUCUUAGCCAACUUUAGAUGUCAGACACAAAACUCAUGAGCAGCGCCCGAAGCGGGGACUUUGAAACAAAUCUUCGGCGGGAAAAUCAGCCAUAGAAUGGCGGUGCUUAACUUCAGAACGAGCAAUUUGAGGAAGUAAAGAGAGUGAAGCAAAGAGGCCUUAUUACAGCAAUCCCAUCCAGUGGUUGGAUUUAACCAACAGGUUUAUGUUGGAGUUUAAGAAUAAGGUUUGUUAUGGCGGACGGGGUCAAUUUUAGAAACUGUUUGAUCGUUGGGACAACGAGAUUUAGGGAUAACUGUUGACUUACGACGAGUUCUAUGUCCUGUGGUGCCAUUUGAUUUGGUCUUAGGGGUCUGUCUGAAAAAAAGCAUAGCCAGAUUAAAUAAGUCAUUAUGUUCAUUUUAGAAAGACCUAAAAUAUGUACCUAUCCGCCUGGCGAACUUACAUUUGACGGGUAAGCAGACUUUGUAGGUAAGGAAACAUGGAAUCUUGAAGUAGACAUCCCUCUUCCAUCAGAUAUCGGACAAGGCCCAUUUGCGAUUUUCCGUUUAUUUGAUUUCGAAGGCGGAUUGCGCAGUUUAUUCAAAUCUUCGACUACAAGCAAGGUUUUAUAACCUCGGGAAAUUCCAUGUUGUUGCUCAUUCCAUCUUUUUUCAAACUAUCCCAGGAGGCCGCAUAGGUAGACAGUUCUACUGCGUUCAGCGAUUGAGCAUUUUGUACCUGCAUCACCACGGUUCACGUUUUCGAGUGUGGCACGUAGCGUGAUUAUUAUUACAUAUUUACCUAUGGAUCAUGCUGCAAAUACUGAUGUUACUAAGAACUUUGCAUUUGAUAAAAGUGGUGCUGGUAAGAUCGCAGUUGGUAUCCAGACAUUAUACGUUGAUACUGUCGACGUACUUACUUGUUAUCCGUAGGUGUGCUUACCUUGUCUAGGGAACUGGUUAUCAGUAGGUGUACUUCUACUGCAUUAAGUAGGUCGCCCGUUUCGGUGGAGCUGUUCGGUUUAGUGAGGGUUAGGGUUAGGCGCAGCUUAAGCUUUAGGAAUAGGAUUUGCGUUUUAGGGUUCGGUUUCAGUGUUAGGGUUAGGGUUUAGGUCUGCGAUUAUGUUUUGACUUUAGGGUUGUGGUUAGGAUUUAGGGUUAGGGUUAUGGUUUUCUGGUUUAGGGUUAGAAAAUUUGGCUUCCGUUUUAGGUUUGGGGUUAGGAUUAGGGUUCCGGUUAAUGGUUCCCGAUUCUCGGGUUAGGGUUAGAACUUAAGGGUUAGGCUUCCGGGUUACAGUUAGUUUGAGUUUAACGAUUAGGUUUCAGUAUUACGGUUAGAUUUUGGAGUUAGGGCUAUGUCUAAUGGCUACGGUUAGGUUUAGGCUUUCGGUUAGAGUUAAGGUUGCCGUUGGGGUAACCGUUAAGGUUAAGGUUAGGGUUAUAAUUAGGGUUAAGGUUGCCGCUAAGGUUAACGGUCAAGGUCGAGGUUAGGGUUAUGGUUAAGGCUAAGGUUAGGGGUAGGGUUAAGGCCAAAGUUAGGGUUAAGACUAAGUCUAGAGUUAAGGCAAAGGUUGGUGUUAAGGUUAGGGUUAGGGUUAAGGUUAGGUUUAGGGUUAACGCUAAUGUUAGAUUAAGGUUUAAGUUUAGUUUUAAUGUUAAGACUAUGUUUAUGGUUAAGGUUAGGGUUAGGGUUAAGGUUAUGGUUAGGGUUAAGCCUAAGUUUAGGGUUAGGGUUAGGGUUAAUCUUAUGGUCAGGGUUAAGUCUAAGUUUAGGGUUAGGGUUACGGAUACGGUUAGCUUUAGGGUUAAGGUUAGGUUAGAGUUAAGGUUAGGGUUAGUGCUAGAGCUAUGAUUUGGGUUAAGUUUAGGGUUAUGUUUAUGACUAAGUUUUGUGUUAGGGCUAGGGUUAGGGUUAACGCUAAUGUCACGUUUAGAUUUAAGUUUAGUAUAACGGUUAAGGCUGUGUUUGUGGUUAAGGUCAGGGUUAAUGUCAAGUUUAUGGCUAGGGUUAAGCCUAAGUUCAGCUUUAGGGUUAAGUUUAGGUUUAGGAUUCAGGUUUGGGUUAAGGCUACAGUUAGGGUUGCGGUUAGGGUUAGCGUUAAGUUUAGGGUGAGGGUUAACGCUAAUGUAAGUUUUAGGUUUAAGUUUAGUCUUUGGGCUAAGGCUAUUUUUAGGAUUAAGUUUAGGGUUAGGGUUAAGGCUAUGUUUAUGGUUCAGGUUAGGGUUAGGUUUAUAGUUAAGGUUAAGUUUAGGGUUAGGGUUAGGUUUAUGAUUAGAGUUAGGGUUAGGGUUAAAUUUAGUGUUAGGUUUAAGGAAACGAUUAGUGUUAAGUUUAGGUUUAAUGUUAGGGUUAGGGUUACGCUUAAGGUUAUGUUGAAGGCUAUGGUUUGGUUUAACGUUAGGUUUAGGGUUUAGGUUAAUGCUAGGGUUAAUUCUGAGGUUAGGUUUAGCGUUAAUUUUGGGGUUAGGUUUAAAGCUAAAUUUAGAGUUAAGCUAAGGGUUAGGGUUCGUUUUAGGGUUACGGCUAAGGUUAGUGUUAAGUUUUUGGGUUAGGGUUAGUGUUAGGGUUAAGGCUAAAAUUAGGUUAAGGUUAGGGUUAGGGUUAUGGUUAAGUUUAGGGUUCGGGUUUGAGUAAGGGUUAAUUUUAGGGUUAUGGUUAGUCUUAGCUUUAAUGCGAAGUUUAGGAUUAGGUUUAGGGUAAAGGUUAGGGUUAGUGUUAGGAUUAGGAUUGGGUUUAAUUUUAUGCUUAGGGUUGAGCCUAAUUUUAGGUUAAGGGUUAGGCUCAAGAUUAUUUUUAGGGUUAAGUUCAAGUUUCGGGUGGGGUUUAAGAUUAGGGUUAAGUUUAGCUUUAUGGCUAGGCUUUGGGUUGGCGUUUAGUUUUAGGAUUCGGUUACUUUCCGGCUAGGUUUGGGUUGAAGUCUUGUUUGGAUUUUAUGGUUAGUUUUUUGGCUUACCGUCAGGGUCGGAUUUUAUGGUUAAGGUUAGUGUUGGGUUCUAGGAUUAAGGUUAGUGUUUGGUGUCCGCAUUACAGUUAGGGUUUGCGCUUAUGCUUAGGGCUUUAGGCUUACGUAUUGUGUUUAAGGUUGCGGUUGGGCUUAAUGUUAGGGUUAGGCCUUAGUGUUAUGGUCAGGGUUACGGUUCAGCAUUACGGUUAGGUUAACGGGUUAAUUUUAGGGCUAGGGUCAGUGGUUGGGUUACGUUUUACUAAGCCAGUUACGGUUGGGUUUUGGGGCUCAAGGUUAGGUUUUAGGGUUAGGUUUUAGUUUUGGGGAUAGGGAAGGGGUUAAGGUUAGAGUUAGUGUUUUCUGGAUUAGUCUUAGAGGCUUAGAGUUAGGUUUUGAGUAUGAGGCUUCGUUGGGUUUUAGCCUUAUGGUAUUUGCUACAUCUGCGGAAUACAUGCUACUACUUGUUAGGCUAACCUGUAGGCAAAACCGUAUGCGUGUUGCCGCAGCACUCGCAACCGUAUUGGCACGCGGCAUCGACACAUAACUUGCGAGACCAGUAGUUCCUUAGCUUGCAAAUACUGCACAAGCUUAGGUGAUUGAAUUACAUCCUGGAUUUCGCCAACUUUCGUUGGCUGACUGAUUUACGGAGCUGCCUUCCUCGUCUUCCUUGCGGUCCGCGGUCUUAAAAAGGACAGAAAAUACGCCGAUAACUUGGUAAACCAUGCCGGUCGCCCUGUUUCACUCUUUUUUCGGAAGCAUCAAGGUUACCAGCCGCGUCGUCCUCUUUUUAUUACGCCACAUCGUAAGCCGCUUGCUGCCGCGUCUCCCUUGCAGUAUUAUUGUUUAUUUCUCAAUGAUCCGCGUACUCACUCAUCGAAAUUGGGCUCCUUUGUCGUUAAUUCUUCUUCGCUCGCCACUUCACUAACAUUCCUGAUUUUGCCUGCGGUUUUCGGUUACGCUAUGCGGAAUGACCUUGCCAUCGGCCGCCUAUAUUUACCUCCGUCAUUUUCCGCAGGCUGUGCUGUUUUCAACGGGAUUUUUUAAUUUCUGCCGUUAUUCCACCUGCUUAAAACUUCUAAACACUGCGGUCGGUAACUUUACUUUUUCCAACAAACUCCAGUAUUCUUCUACCAGCUUCUCCAUUUACCCCACCCGCAUAACCCCCUUUCCCACCAUUCCCGUAAGACGGGGGCCUCGCCGUCCCCUUCCUCAUUCCUGGCUACCAACUACGAUCUAACCAGAGUGCUGGUCAUGCGAUCACUGGUACAAGAAAUUUAUUGGCCUUACGUUUCGGAUUCUCAAUCGAACCCAUCAUCAGAGACAGUCUGCGACUUGAAAUUCUAGAGAAACUGAAGUAACCGCCUUCUGGCUGUUUCUUCUCUAGCAACUAACCUCAUGUGUGACUAAAAUCGAUGCAGCCCAACACAGGCCGCACCAUCGGUUAAGCGUCCUAGACGGGAGCUCAGACAAUUUUGUUCAUUUUCAUGAGUGGUUCAAUAUGCGAGAACUCUGUAUUUCCAGUCUUUAGUUUGCAUUUCAAAAUUGAACCAGAGCCGACGUCAGGCGUGCCACAGGAGGUGCGCCACAGACACACAGAGGACGAGACAGUAUGGUCGUAGACGUCGGCCUGCCCUUCACAUCUCCUGUGAUUACCCGUCAUUAAGAGAAGAUAGGCAUGUAUCUCCUGAUUUAAAUGUAUUAUCGGUUUAAUUGAAAGUUUAAGUAGUACGGGACAAAACAGGGGAGAUGUACCGGAAUGAUGAUGAAACAUUCUUGCAAAAAUAACUGUGCAGCUUCUGCAAUGGGUUAGUUCUUAUAAAGCAAAUUUUGCCAACCUGUCCUUAUCACAGUAGAUUUGCCUUACAUCAUCAGGAAUCCGAGGCUUUAAAGAAGCGUUUUGAGGUCCAGACGCAAAGGUUGACAAGCACUCGCAGGGAGUGUCAUCGACGGCGUCUUCUUUUGCUGGCCCAACAGCAACUCAUGGAUGCUGGACCUCAGGCCUACCAUCGGUGUCCCCAUUGUCCCAAGGCCUUCAUAAACGCCUCCUUCUUGACUGCGCAUUUGCAUCGAAGACACGCCGAGAUAGUCAACGCAUUGGAGCCGCUGACACAGCGGUUGUCCUCGCCUCCCAGGGUCCAGCGUCAGCCUUUCGGGCGUGACCAGUUGGAGAGCAAGAUCCGAGAAGAAGCAAACGAUUUGGUACGUUGGUCGGAAAUGAACUUGCCCGUCCUCUUUACAUGGCCUGAAUUUGUUUUCUCCUCUAUUCAACUUUUAUGUACCAAGCCUUCCUUCAAUUUCUUACCCGUGUGGCUCCCCCUCUUAUUUUUAAACUUCUAAUUUGCUCCAUAAUUCAUUCAUUACUCUUUAUUCACUGUCUGCUUCCUUCACCUCUGACCGCUUUCACGAUUGAGUUCCUCAACUCCUUUCGUGAUUUCGCCGUCCGAGUCUUCCGUUUACCAACACCCUCAGCUUUAAUUGUUGUUGGUUUUUUUAGUGUGUUAAAACUCACUUUUUUCCUCGCUUUUCCCGCAUAAUAAACCACAUUUUUCCUUGCCUCAUUCCUCCCUCCUUACUUUUAAUUCUUCCUAAUAUAUCUCCCGAACCUCCUUUUUGUUUCCUUGCCUGUCAUCGCCAACUAUUCCUUUCCACUUGCAGAUUCUCUCCAUUUGACAGUUGUCGUAAAUUCUCACUAAUGCCCUGAAAACCCGUUCUGCAGGCUUCCUCGCACUUACAUGUAGAAACCGAAUUUUAACUUCGCUUACUUUAGCAGACCAGCAGUGAAGUGAUCGCGCAUGCGCUUGACAUCGCCAUUAAGACAUUAUAUUUCAAUGCGGCUGUGCUGAUUUUGUGCCGAACCGAAAUUGGGACAUCAUUUUAGGGUUACACUGACUUCGCCUAAGUCCUAUCUAUUGUCUCACAAACGGGUCAACCGGCAGAUGCGCGACAGAUAUGAGGGGACUGAUCAGGGUCUGGCACGCGUUGUUGGGUUGCGCGACCGUCACAAAUAUCAUACAUGUGGGGGGUGUGGUGGCAUGUAUGGGAACAGCCAAACCGUUGGUUUAACACGGAAAGUAGGGCACCGCUCACGAUAUGAUCCUCAUUUUCCACGAGAAGGAUCUUUCGCGUCUCCUCAUACUUUCGAUUCUGCAAAACUUUGAGACCCCCAAUGGUUUCCUACUCAAAUCCUACGUUAUUGGACGGCGCUUUCACCUGGUGUUCCGUUUUUCCAUUCGAAAUCUGUCGGAUGGCGACCAUGAGCCGGUAUCCUUCUGCUCGCAUAGCGUUGCCAAGGUAGGUUGUCACUCAAAUUCAAACAAUGACUGUGGUACAGUGGAGUCUAGGGAAACGUAUUUUAGUGCGGUGGCGAAAGAAGUCGAGUGCCUGCCCCAGCGUCUACAACCACACCUCUUCGGUGUGGAUCUUAUUUUGUGCAGUUCCUCGGCCGGCUGAUGGUGUCAAGAGGCUGGCAAUCAUUGAUGUCAACAUCUUCCUCGGGGAGUUUGUCCUUCAGUAGGGUUACAUGCUGUAACCUAACAUCUGCACAUUGGACGCAGGUCAAACCACCUUGGGUUCCAAUGUCUAAUCAGGGCCACUAUCUCCGUGUAUUUCGAAAAGGCUGAGACAUACUGGUGAAAGAGCAUGCCUAUGAAGCCCCUUUUUGCCCUGAGAGUCAAAUGACAUUCUGCGCCGACGGACCUUGAUCGACAUCAUGCUUGCCAUCACACUUUUAUGAGUGCUAAGACGAAGAUGAUCAGCGUUGGUAUUCACGCCGCUUUGCUGCCUCCAACAUUAACUCGUUAAAAAAACCGACCUCCAAGGGUAGUUAUCGUGAAUAAUAAAUUAAUAGAAGUCAGUGCGGUUCUUCAAACGACUAAGAGAGAUAAGAGAAUUUAAAAUCGUUCAUAGUCAUUGAAUGCCGCAUUCUGUCAGCUAUAGAUUUCUCAAAUUAAGUUUUUAUUUGUAUGGAAGAGAGGGUAGCUAUCUUUUGAGGAGGUGAGAAUGUUCUGUUCAUUCUAAGUCUCGCGGGCACAUCCUCGGAGAUAGCAUAUGCGUCCUUCAUAGCGACCUCGGUUUUUCGCUCCUUACCGAAUUGAUGACAGACGCCUCUGUAAGCCGCGGGCAAGUCGAUGCUGUAGUUAACUGAGUUGGUACCAGCUGACCUCCAAGUAUCAAGUACCUCUCUGGCUGUCUUGCCUUCGACUCGGCCAAUACGUUUUGAGCAGUCAGAAACAAGCCUUUUUUCGUGUUCAAGGUUGGUUAUGACAGAGUUUGCCCCUUAAGACGGACCACGUGGUGGAUGAGCUGGACCAACACGGUGGCUAGAGCGGAUUCUGACGGACGCUAUUUGGACUGCGCCUCCACAACAAAGGCCGAAAUUCAGGGUGCGGUGUCAGGUCCAGUUACAAGCUCACGCCGCACCAACUGAAUCCCUGCUGCCCACAAUCUUUGUUGUUUAGAAUCCUGGUCAAAUGCUUGUUUUGAACCAGAGGGUGUGAUGAUAUGACUAGGUACGGAUUUACGUUGUGCUAGCCACCUGCAGCCUACGCAGCCUCUGGUCUCCUCGACUUCGUCUUUACGCCGGAUCCAGGUGGGGGGAGAGAGUGUGAUAGGCGCAUCGCAAGUCCGCUACCAUUAAAAACCAAUUCGCGCGCAAGUAGCCGUCCCCGCCCCAACCCUGCCAUGAAGCACACGGUGGAUAUCGUCGAAAUCGACGAUCGAGCUGUCGAGCAUAGACACAUGCCGUGCCGGCUGCUUGUGCCCUCUUCUGUGAGAUAGCUCGGUGCCAUCAGGGGCCAAGGGUAAAACUCCCGUGGGUACUUCUUAAUGUAGCCUUAAUUGCACCUCCACUAUUUGAGCGUUGAGUCAGCUUUUCAUUGAAGGCCGCCAUAUGUAGGUUUAUGGGUCAUAUCGUGUGUGAAAUCCGUAGACGGGCUGUUUAAUUUUGUCAACCAUCAUUCCAACGCCCACGUCCGGUCGUCUUGAGCUUGUCUUACCGUUGGAACUUGGCUGGUGCGUGAAAAUGGGCCGAGGUAGCUCAUUUCACUGCAAAUUAAUUGUAGUGCAUGUAACGGCCGUGGCCACCCUGCAGGGCACUGUUAGGUCCUCUCGACUGGGCUGAUCGAAACAUAAUAAACCUCAUGGGCUGGGCUAUAACUCCUGCUUCCAAGCUGUGGACUUAUCAAAUGCUCAGGUAUGUGUUUAUUGGGCACCCUUGUUUCUUACCCCCUUCCCUGGGCUUUUCUGAUUUCAUUUACUUUCAUGUGUCCUGUCCUCAUUUUCAUCAGCCUCUUCAUAUUACUUAUGAUUUAAUCUUACUUUAAUUCCGUUUCCUGAAAAUCUUUUCCCAGGUGUUUCCGUCUUUUAUUUUAACUUUCCAUCCUUGUUCCUUCCAUUAUCUUUUUGACUUUACCCCUUGCGCUUUCGAAUUCAUCGGUCACAUUUCCUUUCUCUGGAAUUCGUUGUAAACCUCCACUUUUCCGAAGCAUGAUCCUCCUGAUUCUUCUUACUUUUUUCUGUCUGUUCACGCAGAUACUGUCACUUUUCCCUUAUGUUCCCUCUUUUUUAACGCUUUUCUUGCUGACCCACUUCCUAUCUAAACUUCCCCGCCCUUCAUCUUUUCUGCCCCCCUACUUCUUACCUUUGGCUCUAUCUUGUCCUCAUUUAUCUUCGUCCCUAGGCUUUUUUAUUUUUGUCCUAGUUCUUUUCAUGGUAUCUUCAAGUUCUCUUUUUCUUUAUUGACUUCUUAUAUGUUUUUGUUCACUAGUUCAAAAAUCCAUCUGUUCUUUGUCCCCACUGUCCUUCUUAUUCGUUGUGUACUGGUUGUUUCCAUUAUUUUAUGAAAGAAAACACGACUGAAAUGGUUUUCUCCUGCUAGAUAAUGCCUAUGACCUUCAUUCACGUCCCACAGACUCCAAACCUGGAGCAUCAACUUCGCGAGGUCCUAGACCAGCUUAAAUCCCAGAAGCAAGCCCCACAGACAGAGACCGUGGUCUCCGAGUGGCAACCUGUGGUAGUAACUCCUCCGCGGGCCACUUCCUCCCCACCGCCCGUCUGGAAGGAGCGUGCCGAUCUUCUUGAGCAAGAACUGCAAAAGGAACGCAACUGGUUUCGGGAGGCCGAGGAACGCAAUCGCAUAUGGCAAGCCGCCGUUGCAGAUCAGCAUAAGGUAGGUCCCUCUCCAUGCGGUAGCUGACUCCUUAGAAAGCCUCAGAGCCUAGGCAAUAUAACAGUCCUUUGUUGAAAUCCGCCGGAGACUGUGCUGAGGCAACGAUAACUUGAUUUUCAGGCAUAACAGCUUAAGGCAGUGUGAUAAACACUGACUGGACUACGCUGUAUGCUUAAGCCUUACAAAAUCUUUCUUGAAUGUCAUCCUAAGAGCAUUUUUUCUUGAUAGCUGAUCUUUAGACCCCGUGCGACAUCUCUCUUCGUUUCCUCUAUCAUGUCUUUUAAGAUCUAGGCCAAUUUUUUUCGAAAAUCUGCAUAUACUGCAGUGAAAUCUGGCAAGAACAGAUUGACACUGCUUUGAAUACUGUAUUGAGGCUGGCGUAGCUCAUGUUAAAAGGCUGUUUAGUAAGGCAACAUCGUACCAGCAUGCCGUGAGUAAAUGUUUUUCUGACCGCUUUCGCUUCGGGAAGGUGCAGGCGCAAUCGGCUACCGAUUAAGGCAGUCAAGUCCUGCCUAACUCAAUGACAUAUCUAUAUUAAUGCAUCUAUUUUAAGGGUUUCGGACGGAAUUCCUGGUGGUCCUAUUAGGAUUAAGUCAAUACACUUCUUCUCAAUUAAUAGAAAAUAUAAGUACUUGUCUGCGUCUGGAGCGCUUUGCGGUUGAUUUUUACCGUCUACAACGAUUCAGUACGGAGGAGCAGAAAUCAUGGGUGGUUUUUCUGAGCAGUGGAAGGUGGUCUUUUUAUUUAGAAUAAUACUGUAAACUUUCACUGUAAACAUAACAGCUCUUUUGGCAGCGGCGUCAAUCACCAAACUGCUCGUCGACCGAACGAAAUUUUGUUGGUCCAUUCUUCAUCAUGCACGGAUGAUCUGUUAGGUGGCUUGUCUGAACAGUCAAAGAAGUCCCCCGGUUUUAAUGAGCAACCACGGCCUUAGAAGACCCAGAUUUUUAAACGAAGGCCGUAUCGUAGUUAACCCUCUAUCCUCUGUCACUCCUUUUAAUAACCCUAUGAAGUCAAACACCCAUGAUAUUCCGAAUAACGGAGUAGUAAAAUAUGAACCUACUGGACUGAAAUUUGGUUAUUUUCGUCCUUCACAACAGUCAGUCUGCGCCCCAGCUUUUUAAAAUGCCCAGAACAUGCAAUUUCUCAAUCUUUAUUACAAGCGUCUUCGGACCCAAUGAAUCCACCUGCGUCCUUAAGAGUGGCGAACGCUGAUUAACAGUACUUAACACCCGACCCUAGAGAUAUGCACGUCAAAUGCCUUAAAAGGAAAGGUGCCAAUUUAAGCAAAUUAUGGACGCAAUUUGUGCUACGCUUGUAAGCGGAUCCUGCAAAGUAUCCUUCACUUCAUGAACUUCACAGUGCAUAUUUCAUCCGUUAAAAUUAAACCACCCUCAAAAUUUACCACACUAAUUUUCGUUGAAUAAACCUAAGAAACCUUGGCCAUGGCCUGCUACAAAGCAAAAAAUAAAACCAAAACUUGCCGCAAAACUUUCAUGAUUAACAUUGUUUCACUAAGGUAUUAUCCCUUCUUAACAGGCCGACGUUGAGGCGAUGCGUUCUAUGUUUGAAAUGGAGCUACGAAACCUGCGGGAACAAAACUGUCAAGCACAAAAAGAACUCCUUCAACUCACUGUACACAAAGGUUUGCUUUAGCGGUUUUCCUUGGCCAUUCCAUGUGUAAACUCAGUACCUUAAACACAUGAAACGGCCUACGUUUUCCCCGUGCGGUGGAUAGGAUAUUUCUGUUGUCUUUCGCCUAACCAAAUAUCCCCUAGAAUGUGCUGCUUCGCACACUAGCUGCUGAGCCUCCACCAAGUCUUGCAGGUUGCCUCUACUAUUGGUUUCUUCCUGCAACUGAUCUUAUAAGGAUAGAGGGUUGUAGCAUUUUAACGCUCUCUCAGAGAGGUAAAAAGUCACUUUCCCUAUAAGAUGCAUACUAUUUUAGUCUGACAGGUUUCGACGACCUUCAAGUCAGUUACGUAACUCUAAGCUUGGGGAUUUGCUAUAAUUAUCUAUAGAGCGUUAUGGAUGUGUGCUCAGAAUAUAAUUUUAGGUUCUGUUAAAAACUUCAUCUAGGCAUUUCACUUGAGAGAUGCUAGUUCUCCUUAAAUGACCUCGGAAGUCUUGUACCUGUCAGGUCCACAGGAGGCACUGGCUGAACCAAGCUGUCGCCAGAACUUAGCAUAAUGUUAAUGUUGGGGUUUGGUUAAAGAAAUUGCGAUUGACUUAACUUGGGCACCAACAUACCAGAGAGAGUAGACAGUUUUCAUUUACUACUCGAAGAGUAUUCGAGGACUGACGCCUAUUUUCCUCUAUAAACUGAACUGAACUGAAAUUCCUGCUUGAUCAACCCUGUGUACGCCGGGGGGAACCCCCUAGCACAAUUGGGAUACCCACUUAAUGGCAAAGUACAAACUUAUAUCACACUCUUCACACUAGCAUGACAAUUUUAACAGAGUUAGCCACGCCGGAUAAAUAAAUUUUAACCAUUCUCAUCUUGCAAGCAACCUUCUCCUCGUCUAGGCUGUAACUGUGAGGUGGAUGAAAAAAGGUUAAAGCAUCUGAUAACCUCAAAGUUACAACUUUUCCAAACACUGGUCAUGCAACAGUUUGUGAAGUUAAUUAAUACACGAUUCAACUUUUUGGAAGGGAAUAUUCUACUGUUCAGGCUCCUUGUUGGACAGUUAUAUAAUAGUGCCAAUGAGAGAAGAUUUUGAGUAGCUUACUUCCAAGACUAGAUAGAGGUUUCGCAAUCGUUUCUGGUACGAGGAAGCAGAGACAUGUUGCAUGUGUCCGCUUAAUUUUUUGAAACUUGCUCAUUUACUUUGAUUUAGGUCCUUCCAACUUUGGUGACCUUGUUGAUGAUCCGAUUGAUCAAGUAAGUGUCCACACUGAUUUCUUAAAUCGCUCUUUUGGUGAAUACUAUGGAAGUCGGUUUUUGCAUUUCAAAAGUCCUUUAACUGAGAACUGAUGUUAACUAUUAGGUUAGUAAUGCGUAGUAUACCGCUUCGUCGUACUUUGACCUCUAGCUGGCCUUCUUAUUUGCUUUUCAGAACCAAAAGGACGAAAUCGCUCCCCAGGUACCGUCUUCUAUCAGUCAGGUGUCUUUUUAUGUAUUCGAAACUUUUCCGAUGCAUGCUAGAAUGCAGGGAUCCAGACAGUAACUGAGCAAGUGCAGACCAGAUUACUUGGUCAGUAACUUCAUUCUUUUUGCGUUUCCGAGCCCUACGUCAACCAGGCAUCAGAUAGGAAAAGGUGGAGACGCACGGCAAUUUCUGCAGAGAGUGGGAAUUGUUACGAAAUAGCAUACUUAAUGAUUGACAGCUCGCGUCCAAAUUAACUAAUAAGACCCAUUUAUUUUUGAUGUUCGUAAUUGGUGUGAUAAUCGCUUAGCUGGCCACAUCUGGUUGGUCGACUGCAAGGCCUUCUUGUCUGUUGAUAAUUGAUCGUUUUGGGCCUCAGUUCUACUGUUAAGAAUAAUGUUCAUCCAACAAUUUUAGGAGCGCGUAGUAACCCAGCGCAGGUAGAGUCAUAAUUCUGUUUGUCCCUAAAUUUGUCCUUACUGGGAAAGAUGCCCAGUUCAACAAAUGUUCUUUCACCGACCCCUUUGAUUAUGCUUUCUUAAAUCCCUGUGGAGUUUUUGGCAGUCAUUUGUGUAAAAAAAUUUAGUUCACCCUGCUGAACAAAUUCUUCCGUGACUCAAACACUGCGGUUCAGUCCUCCGAAAGCAGAAACAGGUGUCUAUUUAGGGACAUCGAUUCCAUUUUUCGGUGGAAGUAAUGAGAAGAAUCAAAGAGUCACCACGAUGUUGAGUGCCGUCGAUCAAAACCAUCUAAAGGCUAGAAGAAGCGCGAUUUUCUGGCCUUUGGAAUAUAAUUCUUUUGAGAGAUAAGACCCUGUCAAGGUCGAUGUUAACCCUGUUUUGUUAUGUGAGUCAGUUUCUCAACCCAUGACAUGUUCUCUUUUUCUCUGCUACAUCGAAUCACGAAUAGCAAGAUCGAGUGUAGCAUUUGUAUUUGUUGUUUUACAAUAUUUUAAUAUUUAGAGGUGGGUGCAAGUCAUUGGAUGCAAUUAACCUGCCAAUACUUCUAAACGUCUCCAGCCCCCUUACUUAUAUCUCGGACGUUUAGACGUAGUAGGCCGUUUUACAUUUUUAAAACUCUUCUUAUACUUAGACUCAGUUUACGACGUUUACUGGAAACAAAAUGGAACCUGUGUGAGCAAGCACCUCCAUUAAUUACUUACCGAAAGAAUCAUAAUAUUUUAUACAGCGAACUCGCUUAUUUGAUGUUACACAGACUGAUAGUGCAACAUGGAUAGAAGUUAACAUCUGUGUAAAAAAACCAGCAAUUAGGUCUCUUUGCUUCUCUUAUCUGUCUUCUGUGCGACAGGCUGUUGCACUUGGUGCCAAUUGUCUUAGAAUUAGCCCGACACCCGUUACUUUAUAACCUCUCUGAAGUUAAUAGUAGGAGCCUCCCAUGCCCCAGAAGGUCUGUGCACUAAUUGUAGCAGAAUGAGCGUGGACUCGAAUUCCGCUUUGCGCCAUCUCAAAAAAAGUAUUUAGUUCAAAAGUCCUUAAAAUCGGUUUAUCAUUCUGAAUUACUAAUCUCUACCCUAUUUUGCCUUUCCCCGUCGAAACGGCUGCUUCGGGUUCACUAAAACUUAUUCAUCCUUCCGGGAGCCCUUAACUAACUCAUUGAUGAAUUUGCAAACAUUUUAUCACAGUUCUUCAGGCGACCUGUGAAGUCCCCUAGUCCUGUACGACCCAGUCGAUCAUCAGGGUCGGAUGGCAUCCAAAUACCCAGUGGUGUGGUCAACGCCAAUAAUGCCGAACCGCCCACAAGCUGGCCAUCUGCCCAAGGUCUAUCGCCAGACCAUCCUCCAGGUGUGCUCGGGGUGGGAAAUGAGCAGGCUGAACUCCACUCCAGUAGCCCGUCCGUCACCACAGUGACUAGUUGCACCAACACGAGCCCCCUACGUCAGAUACCUGUGCACCUACAGCCUGCUCCCCCCACCAUGGCCGUGGCAACCAAAGCGACGGAAACCAUAAAUGACAGUUAUUGCAAACCGCGACGCAAAUCAGUCAAGCAAACUACCAGCGAGCAACAAGUCUGCCUGGAUGUGUCUGUUCAGGCGGCCUUAGAAAUAUCGAAAUUGCAUUCCACUUAUGGUACCAGCACAAUCUCUCAGGACUUUCGCAACAGGGGUAUAAUUGUCGAGGGCCUGAUUGUGCGUACCGAAGAUGAGGAAGAGGCUGAGUUGGAGGCUGAGCAAAGCCGCAGCAUCCACGUAAUACCCUGUGGACCCCUGAGCCUGCAUCAUAGAACUUCGGUAGUGGCUGAGUUUGCCGCGUUUCGCUGGGUUCACUUGAGCAAUGUUGCCUUUUAUUCGUUUUCCGUUGGUGAUUGUUCAGUGGGAUGACGCAAUGGCAUGUCAGUGCCACUUUAUGCUUCCUAUCUCUGUCUAUUUUAUACCCAGCCGACGCUCAGUAGAGCCCAUGAUGCCCUGGCCGACAGCCUGGCUGAACUGUCAACACUUGCGGCCGUGCGACACGUGCAGAUAGUAGAUGACUCCAACUCGGUUCACGAAUCCAUUUCCACUCGACCUCCACGAACAUCGCAGUCAUCGCCCUCUCGACUUGUUCUCGAAUCAACGCCGGCAUCAUAUCAGCCAAUAACGAUCGAUAGCAAAAUGCCGACUCCAACUAGUCGCCGGACUGACGAUCUGAGACCGAGGGUAAAUUCCGAACACAGGCCUCCUGGUAUAUCCAGUAAGUUACGCGUUUUUUGGAUUUCCCAGUCACUCUACCAGAGACAGCGUAUCUAAACUAGCAUCAAGGAACGUUCGGUUUCCCUUAGAAUUUAACCAAAGGGACACGUGGGGGCCUCGUACGCGGUCCCUGUUUGCAUCUGUGGGAAGAUAACAGCAUUCCUAUAUUUGGUUGUGCGGUCUACCGAACCCCUAAUCUUGGUCGUCCCAAAAUGAACAAUGCUGUGGCCCCAAACCAAAACGGCGCCAAGCGGGCGUUUGGCACGUAAGAGACUGAGACGUCAUGACACGUCAGCUACUGGGCUUGAUCUCGUCUCCAUCUGACUCGAUUCCCUCUAGUUUAAAUUACCAUCGGUAAACGCUGGGAAAUUAAAUAUGGUGAGGCCGAAUCAGCCAGAUUGUUCUCCACUUAAAUAAAUCUGACGCAAUUUUAGAGUAUCGGGUAAAAAUAAAUAUCGUGACUUGGAAGAUUAUCAAGUCACAAGAUAACACAGUCCACCGGACUGAGGGCCAGGUUAGAAUCACUGCCUCAAACCUAAGGAUAAAAUUCAUCGACAUGUGCUCCGAGGUAAUUGGGGCGUAAAGAUGUCAUCUCCAUACCUCGAAGCUUAGACCGCCCCAGAUAUAAUGGACGACUAGACAAGUAGCAGCUUGGAUUUUCAAUCCGCUAACAGGCUAUUGACUGAACGUGAUUAUUAUGCUGAAAAUGUUCUGCUUGGCCACGUUUGCCGUGAGAAUGUUUUAGCGGGCAGUAAGUCUCAAGGGUCAGUAAGGCGUACCUCAGGCUUUUUAGUCUGUCAGCAUAUAUGCAAGUGCAUGUUAAACAAGGUAGUUGUGAGCAAAUGAAUCUCGUCCGUCCUUUCUAGCCUUGUGCAGUAUUAUCCCUCGUGCACCGUUACGUAUAAGUCACCCUAUACGUCUGCCAGACGGACAGCAGGCAUAUAAUAUUCUGUCUGCCUAGGUGCCCAUUAUUUCUCGAUUUUUCCAACCGCUAAAGAUAUGGAUCCAUUAGUCAUCAGACUUUCCCAGCGGGACAGAGUGCCAGUCUUCCGAAAUCCGGUCGAGCGUCCAUCACCUGAAUUACUAGGAGACCGCAACUAGUUCUACAUAUUCUGGCAUACCCUUAUUUCUCACUCACAGGGGGAGCCCAUUGUACUCUCGAUCACGGUUCUGUCGGGUGUUUAAAUAAACUGCAUGCUCAAAAGGUGGACGAUACCGGGAGGAUUAGGCAGGAAUCUGCCAUUUUUGAUGUUUCAAGCUGUUGGGUAUACGAAUCCGCACGCCAGACCGAGCAUUUUAUGGCUUGCGAAUCCGUACUCUUAAAGGUCUCCGAAGUCAGAAAAUCUACAGCCAGUUUCAUCUGUGUUUGCCUUAGAUGUUCGUAGAUUUAGACGGCAGCGAGGCGACCCUCGUGUGACCUAUCGAAGGUUUCGCCUUGCUCGUCUGUGUAACUGGCUUCCUGGUAUAUUACCAGUUAUCUGAACACAUCAGUUGUUAGUGAGGUUGCCAGGAGUCAAAUUAUAUAAAGCGGGCUUCAGUGUGCAGUUUCUUAUCCUAGGUCAGCGGGACACGGGGAUAGGAGUCUCCGUAAUACAGGUGGCCUAGCGCUGAAUUCCAGGGAGAUUAAGGCAAGGGUUAGGGUUGGGGUUAGAGUUAAGGUCUAGUUAAGAUAAGGUUAGAGCCAAGGGUUAAAGUUAAGGUUUUGGCUAAAAUUACGAUUAGGGUCAACGUCAUGGUUAGUGCACGGUAGUAGGUACCCUUCCUGGAAUUUAAAGCAAGAUCGCCUGUAUUAUGGGGGUCACUGCUCCGAUGUCUUGCCGCUGAUUUAUUUAAUUUAGGCUUCGAUGUGCAGUUUCUCUUUUUUUAACUAAUGUUCGUAAGCUCAUAGUUUCACUGUUUCUAUUCCUCACCCCAGGACAAGUGUCAAAUUAGGCGAUCGGGUUUAGUAAUGAGAAGGAUCACGAACUUGAUAUAAACUUGGUUCCAUUCCCAUUAUUUUCUUCCGUUGAGCAGAGGUUGAACUGCGCCUGGAACCCACUGGAAAUGUGAUUCCAUAUACCCAGAUUUUAAAUCAACUGCGAUCGGACCCAGAGACACUGAAGCGGUUGCGCAGUGAGGUUGAAAUGCUUCUUUCCGAGCAGCUCGUCGAUCACGAAAUUGAUCCGCAGGCCACUGGCAUUUCAACUGAACUUUUAAAAGGACGAUUGGAUACGCUGAAGCGUGAAAGAGAAAAUCUUGCCCGAAAGCAUCCCAAUUUCGCUGAAAUACGAGCGGUAUGGCUCAUCACCUUAUUUAAGAUUUCACACACUCCUUUUAAAUCCUUAUGCAUAAGUGGACAAUGUGGGAGUUUCUUAGAGUAAGAUCACAAUGACUAACACCGUCAGCAUGUGCAGACAUGCUCUGGAGUUCUGUCUAGGGGACAGACGAUUGCGUACUUGGAAACGGCCAAAUAAGUGAAAAUAUGGUUUCUAAACAUCACCAUCCUUCUACGUCAAGCUCUUAUAGCAUACACUGGUCAUCAGGCCUUGGACUCCUUAGAAGUUUGUUCUUGGGUUAGGAUGAGGGUUCAUGUACCCAUUUUUGCUGGUAUCUGUGACAAAAUUGGUCGUCUCCUCUGCAACGUUGCAAAGUUCCAAACAUCGAUUGCUGUUUUGUGAUAUCAGGCCCUUUGCGCCAUCGAUACGAUCCUAUGAAUAAAAGGGUAGAAAACCAAGUUUGUAUGGUAAAAUAUGUCUUUUUGAACCCAUUUCGUGAAUAUUUUGUUUUUCCUCUCGUUCACAAUGACAUGCUGAAAAUAGCAUCAGCUUCGUUUUUACCAGACUAUCUCCGCUGGUUAAAGCAGGUACGAGGGUUUCUUAUCAGCACUCAUCAUGUUGUCUCUAUUAUAAAGCUUAGCCUUUGGCUUUUAACUGAAAGGACUAGGCCAAAGUAGAUUAAGUUUUUGGAGCCAAGAUUUCUAGGUCCAAAUACGACUUUUAUAAGUAGCACGGCUCUAAGCAGUCGGCACUCAAGGACUAACCACACAAAACUCACACCUACCUAGUGUUCAACUCAGAUGGCUGCCCGAAAUUCAAACUUGACUCAAGAAGUCCGCUCUAAGGACUCUAAUUUAAAUCUCUCAGUACCUUCCGACGAAAGUCCACAGUUGUAUAUUCUCAUAUGUCUUACCUAAUCCAGCACAGACAGUAGGUGAUGUUACUUAGCACAUAUGCGUGCACUCGCAAAAGACCCUUAAUUAAUCGGAAAACCAGUCAAGUGAACCAACCAAAACUUCCAACGAAUAACCAACGACCUUCACAUGGAUAAAAACGCAAAAUAAGUAUUGAAACUGCUAUUACGUUAGUUAGAAAUGAUAACUGUAUUAAGUGAUUCUGAAAUGCUUAAAGCCAAAAUAUUCGUGUUAAAUUUCCAAAGUUAAUUUAUUGAAUACUUGUGGUCUGUCCGUGUAAACAACUGAGUAAAUAAAACAGCAUAUGCAAAAUGAGGUUUCGGAAACUUUUUAUGGAAAUAUAAAUAUGCCUUGAAGUAAAGAAGAGGACUGGUCGAAUACCGAAACAGUUCUGAGUUUUCGAACUUCUACAGUAGUCCAUCGUCAGAUAGUGGCAGCAACUCAACGAUGUAACAGAACGAUGGAACAGAACUAUGGACUCCUGUACGGGUCCGAAAGCUCAGAACAGUGAGCAAAUUGUUCCGGUGCUCAACCAGUCUUCUUCUUUUCUUAUGCAUACACCUGGAACUCGAACUUUCGCCUCCAUUCGGCCUCUGAAGUUUCCGCUACCCUUUAUGAAGUAAUGGUUGGUAUUUGAUUUGCGAAUUUAAUACAAGAUAAAAAAUCUGUUAGAGUACCUAAAGUAAAUGUUACGCACAACUUUAGAAUACUCACACUUUGCCAAUCUGUAUUAAGUGGCAGACUAUAACCUUAAAAAUAACGCAGCCCUAAAGGCUUUCACUGGGCGAAGGCCUGCAUACUCUAAUAAGGAGCUUAGGAAUAGGGCGUGAGUCCAAAUCCGAGUCUACCCAAACUUUCAUGUGGCUAGUGGCCGCAGUUUCCCAUAUCCGAGGUAUAUUGUACUGACUAAACUUCAGUUUUUUAAACUCCUCAGGACUUAGUGCGCUAACUUGAAGCAACUUCUCUGGGACAAACCUUUCCAGGCUCUGGUCGAACGUUGAUACCAACAUUUGAGCCAAAAUCCAUCACCUAUAGCGUACUAGCCGCGUAAAAUACAUAAGGUCUCAACAGGCAGUGAAAUGCACAUGUUGCAUGAUCCACCAUGCUAACAGCACAAAUACCAGUCAAAAGUCCAAACAGGCGUGUUUCGCAGAUUUUCUGCCGCUGCAUGAGGCAGUUGCAUAUAUUACUAUUCAGUCUUAACUUGAAUUUCGUGCCACAACUAGGCCGACUCCACGAGCGCAACACCCGCACGUAAUGAGCACUCAAUUGCAUUUUGUUUGUAGAGCGCUGGACGGCGUCCCCACCCAAGCAACAGACCUGAACUCAUAUUUUAGGCUUUUGAGCCCGGGGUUACCAUACUGUUUGCUGACGACGGCAAAUAAAACUUUAAUUGUUAAACAGUUCCCCUCAUCUUGAUGGCACACCCCUUUUGAUAGAAUUCCAAUGAUGCAUCUCCCUCUUACAGAUAAAAGUGCGAUUUGGACUGAAAUCGGUGGUCGCAAAAUAUCGAAAUGCAUCCGCAGAUUAACCAUCUUUGCAAGGUUAUGAGACACAGUUCAGAUCACAGUCGACAAUUCCAGGAAGUUAGACCCCUCACCGCCGCAAGAAUGAUCUCUGAAAUUUCAAACAAUUAAAACCGGUCCAUUAAGCAAAAAGGACGACAUAAGAAUGCACAUUAGCACGAGCGGAGGAAGGUAAGGGCAGAGAGGCUAUGACCAGAAAUCACAUGGUGUGGGCAGGUGUGUCGAGGUUUGUGGGAGAGCGUUGACUUGGCUGGCAAAGCAACUGAAAAGGCAAGAGCCGUGAAUUCAUCGCAUGAUUAGUAACUCUUCCCAGGCAACACCUGACUGUUGAAUAGGAAGAAGAGAGGUCAGUAUGAAUGCUGGUGAACUGCUGGCUGGAGAACCAUGGAUUGAGCAACUCGCGACUCACGCGGUUGUCACCUAUAGCGAGGAUUCUGAUCCCGUUUAACCUGAAGGUGUGGUCGGGCCCCGUAAAGUGAGCUGCAACUCCAGAUUUAACGUCAUUUCUUUUCAAACUGCCGUUCGCGUACCAAGUAAUAUCCCAGCUUAUAUGACGCACUUUCUCGGCCCCAGCUACAGACGUUUCCUAUCAUGACAAUGGAUAUCUCGGUCGUAUUACUUAGUGCCUGAGGGUUGCCUCCAGUACGCAUGUAACCCCAAAUCCCAGUGCCGCGACAGACAGUCUGACGGCUCCCAUGACGUCUUGACGAAUGGGAAUGUUUCUAAAGUUUGGGACCGGCACAGUAUUAUCUCUCGUUUUGGUUAGAUAUUCGCUGGUUGACCAGUUUAUGCGGGCAACCAUUCGUUCUGAGCACUCCCCGAAUAAACUGUGGGUAAACAACCUUGUCUUCUGGUUCACCGCAGCGAGCCUCAAGAUGCCGAUACAGAGCCCUCACGGAGCAACAUUUGCAGCUGACUGGCUGCUUGCUGUUGGAACUCAGUACCGACGACGAACCUAUUGCCUUCCUGCACACUUUGAUGUUUAGACUACCACAACCUUUGCGACAGACGAGGACAUCGAGAAAGGCCAUCUGUUGUUCUCUUCCUGCUCCAUCAUGAAUUAUAUGGCGGGGAUGACGGAAUUGGGAUGUUCUUUAAAUUCCACAUACUCGAUCCCUUUCAAUAACGGCGAAGAUAUCAGUAACAUACCGAGUCCAGGAUUUAGGUCUGUGUUGGUAGACUCGUGACUUCAACCGAUGCAAGAUCACGUCGCAUAUGAGUCCCGAAAUCAAAGAACUUAUUGGUGUUCUUCUCAUCAGCCGGGAAUUUGUCCCAUCAAGGAUGCAAUACAUUUCGAGACUUAAUUUCAGAAGCUCGAGGACAUGGACGUAUCCAAUAGUACUUUCCCCUUCAUCGUAUUUAUUUCGCAGAAGUAACUCGGUGAUCUUAACAACCUGAUCCUGAAAAAUAGUAGCAAAGGGUGAAGGGAAACCAAAGGAUAUCAUGGGAUAGGAGACCCGCCCUUAAAAAUGGUGUUGACAAACUCAUUGGACUGCGGUAACUGACAAUCCAAAAAUGACGACGUCGAAAAAAUCACUUUGUCAAUCCGUGACUUAGCGUCUCAGAAGAUAGCCUCUUAUAAAUUUAUCUUGGGAAGGGCCGCGGAUGUUCCUUGGAUUCUUGCAAUGUGCUGGUAGAUCGACGUUGUUGCACCUGAAUUCUUCAUUGCUAAAAACAUCGCGUUGAUUCUGCCUGUCAGCAUGUUUAAUUACUUACAUUCGCAUGGGACUUAUAACUGACAACCAUCCUGCAAGCUCUUUGUCCUCUGAAGAUAGUCUGUGUUGUCCAGUACGACAGUGGAACGACCCUUGUCCUCUAGCAAGACAAUGGAGCCGUCGUAAAGUUCCUCGACCCCGGAAUCCCCGUGAGAAGUGGAAACCGCGUAGUUACUGACUGUCAUAUUGAUGUGCUGGACAGUUUUAUUUGGUUUAGAACAGAGUUACUGACAGCUACACUGAUUAGAGACAAUAUCGGUCUCCUAUUCGGUGCUAAGAGAGGGGUGGAAACGAAUCCUGUCUCACUUUGGAGGCAACAGGGUCUGGCGUUGAUACGGUAAUUAGAACAUUGUUUGGGUCCAUCAUGAGCAUAAGUUUGAAAGAAUUUACCUAAACCUACCUUAUCAGGUCAGUAUAAAUGAAAUAAACCAUGGUGCACUUGCUAGCACGUGGAAUGCAGGGGCUGCUUAUGGCACUGACUGUCAAAAGUUGUGUUUAAAUUUAACAUUCUGAUCCACCACAGUGCACUGAAGGGGUAAAUAGGCUAACAGGUUUAAAUUACUACUAACUGUUUUAGACGGGAUAAUGAUAAUGACGUUUUGGACCUCAGACAUAGAUCUCAUCAGCAAGUCCUAGCGUAUUUGUAAUCGACGAAGUUUAGAAAACUUGGCGUACUUAAUUUUAUAAAAGCUCCAUGCGAUUACCUUGCCCAUAGCUUGACCAACUGUUCAUUCAAGCUAACUUUGACCGUGUUUAUGUCGUAAAUGUUUAGUUAGUUUAGUUCAAAACCCUUCAGUGUAGUUAGUAGAAAAAAUCUUUCUUUAAAUUGGAAAACAGUGGAGUUGGCGUAUCUCUGGCUGAUGACUGAGAAUAAACCAGAAAUGCCAAUACCACUUUUCUUGUCUUUGUCGGUAAAACAUCUUGGACAAUGAUUGCUCGUCACAUUGAGACGGGUCGCACAGACUGUGGACUCUCAGUUCUAGAGUCAAACUGAAUUAUUGGUGAGUAGGGAAGCAGAAGGCUGAUCGAGAAGCGGAGCCCCAGUUUUUGUCCUAGCUUUCGAAUUCGUGCAAAAGUGCAUCCUCAGAGACAAAAGCAACAGCAGAACGGGCGACAGUUAUAGGGGUUAUUUGCCAAACAACGAUAAGUAACUCAUGUAUGGAGGUGGCUGCGUAGUGCUCUGUAUUCCGUCGCCAAAUCGAAACAUUGAGUGACUGAGUUCCAAUCCGAGACCAGGUUCCAAUCAAUUCCUGCCAAGUCUUUGUUCCGGCGUGGGAGAUUAUAUUCUUGGCUCCCCGAAUUUAGACUCGUGAUCCGUUUCGAAGGUGUUGGCAGUCAGUCGAGGUAAUCCGACCGCUGCUUACGCAUUCUUCCUCGGACCACUGAAGUCCCUAACUCUCCUAAGUCGUGCAUUCUCUGUCUUCCAUCAAAAUAUUUUUCGAAGCAACGGCACUUCUUUGCACAGGUUUAGGUGUCAGUGCUACUUACAUACUUGAGGUGUUAGUGCCCGGUCAAGCCCUGCGUACCAAAUGCCAACUACAGUUCUAUGCGUGGUCUGGCCUUGACUAUCAGAUUCAGUUUCAUAGGUUCCCUUUUAAGAACACUGAUAAACUGGACCAAGACUGGCAUCCGCGGUUUUGCGAACUCCAGCGGACUGUGCGGGGGCUGGGAACUAGGCCUUAUCACAAACAACCGUGCAUGCCCUGCGUUCUGCUCAUGACUUGAACUUUGCAGGAGCGAUGACGAUCGGCCGAGCCACCAGCAAGAAAGGCCGGAGGCUACUGAAGGCCCGAACUCCAUUGAGGACUCACUGACCAGCAACACUGACCUUUCGCCCGCAUGUAAACCCUACGAGUCCGCCUGCAGCCGGCUUCUACCCUUCCCACUGGCGGCUGAUGGGGACCAUAAAUGCUGCAUAUUCGCUGGUACUUUCCAUUUUUCCAGUGAUUAGCUCUUCUACGAGUUCCAAAACUCGAAAGAGUAGUAUUAUCGUCACAGUGGUGAGGUUUCUUCGUCGUCUUCUGUGAGACGAAUAACCGUGGGUGUUAUGCUGGUAAUGGUAGAGAGUUAUAAUUACCUCGGAGGGCCUUCGCUUUAUUCAUAGAUGUUUUGGUAGAUUUUGAAUAAUUCGUUUUAUGUUGCCAAUGUGGUAUUGAGGUUUUUUCAAGAAAUAGCGUCAAGACGAAUAACCGACCUACAAAAAUCUAAGUGUGACGUUAAUCUUAUUGGCCGUCCAAUGUCUCAGAGGCUUUGCUCUAUGUAUAUGCAAACUCUACUUCGGACAAAGUGAUCGCCUGAGCUCUAGGUUGUGACAGUGACUGAAAGUCUUUCGUGUCUCCUUUUUUUCUCGAUAACCCUCCAUUGUUUCACUUUGUAGUCUAUUGCCCAGCAAGUCGACCGAAUGGCCCGAAUUGCUUUGCAUUCCAAACGUGACCGCGAAAAUCUUGGAAAGUCGAUGUCCACACCUAAUCAGUCAAAGAAACCCCGUAUGAGUUCCACCACUCCCAAUAGCAGUACCUUAGCUGUUGCUGAGCCGGAAAUGGGCAACGACAUCACACGAGUCAGUUCUUCUCAGCCGAAACAGCCCUCAGCUUCGCCCCACACGUCCACAGUCGGAAUGUCCCAGUUGCGGACCAGCCGACCGCAACGAGAUGGCAGCACGGCUACCAUAGCGAUGGAUCGUGCGGUGGCCCCGAGAGACAUGAUGAACGGACUGAACGAGAGCACGCAUACGCAGUCAACUUUCUCACUCUUUGAGGAGGUUUCUGAACACCCCAGUGGCUCACGAAGCGAACGGUAAGCGAUGGUGGUGUGCAUUAGGUGGUUAGCUGCAAGCAGCGGAAUUAUCCUGCCAUUUCAACAUUUAAUAAGUUAUUCAAACGCCCUGCCUCCCCUUCCUCUGCCAGCCUGACUCUCAGAUGCCAUUAGAUCACUGACCUACAAAGUAGGAGUGCUGCGUUGAGCUCCAGCUUGAUCCAUCUAGUGUCACAUCGCGCUUGGAAAAUAAUGCUAAUAGUAGCGUUGUUAGCCAGCAUGGUAAUUUCAAUACGAAUUGGAUAAGCCAGUUUGUGUCUUUCUAGCGAAACGCUGCCUAAGAGCUUUUUCUUAUCUGGCCCUCAGAAUAAUCCUUGUGCAAGAACGCUGGCUUGCGCAUUCUCCUCAGGAACUUCUAUGAACUCAAAUCGUUUAUCAUGUACAUCUGCGGAGUAUCCGUACAACUCUCUGCUCUUUCGAACUAGUCACCUGGAAGAGAUGAAUCUAGAGAGUCAUUCGUAAAAAGGAUGAAAAACGACAAAAUACUCUCCCAGAAAUCGAAGGUGUUUAUUUACUAGACAUCUAACAGUGUGAAGCACACGGUCGUUUGAAGUUCACGAAUGCAUGGACAAUCCCCGUGAACCUCACGUAAGAAAUUACUGGUUUUCUCAUCAUGCAAAGCAGUACUGCCUAAACGUCGAAACGAGUUAGCUUUUUAUAGGGUCCCACGCCUCUCUGUCGGCGGAUCUCCUUAGAAAUCUUGUAUCGGCAUAGCAGCUCUUUUUGUACAGAACAGUGAAGUCAGAUAACGGCCAAAUUCGAAUAGUCCCUGUGCAGUUUUAUUUUCAACAAGAAUCAUUCCUUUGACAGAAAUCUGAGGACGACUAGUCAACAGGACAUUAGAGAGAUUAGUCUGGAGGGCGAGGAGAUGGGCGUUGACGUUGCAGAACCGACAACGCCAUCAGCAAUGCGUCGCUUAGGUACUGGCCGUGGUGACCGUCAUCUCUCGCAGGACGCACCAACGCUCGUGACCCGCGAGGGGACUGCCCCGCCAACUGCAGCCGAGCCUUUCAAGCUAACUGUCCUGCAAUCAGCUCCCAAGUCAGAGUCGGCACAACUUGUGUUGGCUAAACCAACCAUUCUAGAAGACAGUGAAGACUGGGACAGUGCAUCGGACGAAGAUGUCAAUGCUGGGUAAGAUGUGUUCGCAUAAGUUCGCUCUGUUUGUCAAUUUUAUUCUGGUCACCCUUUAAAGUCCAGAUUUAAAAAAGAGAGCUGGAUUGAGAGGCCCAUGCUGGUUAACAGAAAUAGUCAGACGCCUCGAGUGUCGUCAUAGUUUUCUGUCAUUUCACCGAUGGAUUGUGGAAAGGACAUUGACAGACAUUUUUCUGUCUGAAGAACAGAAACCCGUUAACUAUGUCAGCCGCCUUAAUUUCUAUUCCUCUCCAUUCUCUCUAGACCUCACAUCGGUUCUGCAUCCAGGACAGGCGGCGCUUCGCUGGAGCAGAAAACACCAUCAAAGUCACAGUUGGAGGAUUUAGUAGUCGACGAUCUCACCAACUUGCUGGACGACAUUGAAGACACAAAUGCAAUUCAAAUACAGAAGACAAACCAAACCCCCAAAGUUCGCAGCUCAUCUGUGCCUGGAUCGAGUCGACCACCGUUUGGCCGCAAUAAUAACUCCAAAGGAGGUAAAGUUUUCACGUCUGCCUUCACCUUAGCAGUCAUUCCAGCCUCCCUUGCCUUUGUCGACACUGUUAUUCUGCCUGUAUUAUGCGCCGCUGUGCUGCUGCUCAUUGGGCUGGAGUGAGAAUCCCAGGGCGCAACGGAACUAGUGAACUCCGUAACACAAGCGAUAUUGAAAGGCAGUCAUCCCAAAAAUACCGGUUGAAUUCAAAUGCGUUCUUGGGGACAAGUGACUUUGGUGCGCACGUCGACCGGCGUUCUAUGCUACUUACGUGACCUCUAGCUAGUUCCUCCUCUCUCCUCUGCUGGCGUCGGCCAUUGGAUCUGCGUGGAUUUACUGACUUUUUCCCUUAACCAUACGUGAACUAAAUCGCGAUUUGCGCCUAGCGCAUGGUAGGUGGGUCACAGGUCCGUAACGCAGUUAAGUGGGCUAGUACGAGAUCAACUUUAGAUCGCCAGUCCGGUAAUCUUUUUAUUGGCUCAGCCAAGAUCCUUAGCUUUAUCCGUGGUGAAAUUGUGCUUGCCCCGUUGUACGUGACCGUACACCAUGUCAGUUUAUCCUUGCAGUUUAUCGCAAGCUAAGGGUUCAUGCAGUUUUAUUUCGAAACUAUUGCCAGAUUCACUAGCAUGUCGCGCAUCGCAGUUUUGACAUGGCAGACCGUAGACCACUGCUGAUUGUUUUAUCACUGACAGCGAGAUUUUGGGCCUCAUUCUCUUCUGUCUGAUGGUGAAUUCUGGUCUUGGUCUACUCCAAUCCAAACACGUUUCAGAAUUUUUCCUGUCUCCUCAGAAACAUCCUUCGUAUGCAAGAUUAUGAACCUGAAAUUCGAUUACUCACCGUUCGAGCCCUCACAGCUAGGUCUCUUUUGGCACUUGCGUGUUAAGGAUCAAGGGUAACGACUGGCUGCAAAUAAGGAGUACAGAUAUUUCUAUUCUCCCUUUCUCCCAUCCUCGUCCCUACAGUGUGUCUUAAUGGAAGAUUUAGUAAAUUAUCUCCUCACAAGCCAAGAAUGUGAGCUUAGAAAAGUUUCUGAGACGUAAGUAAAAGCACAUUUCGGUUCGUUAAUUUCCUUCCUCAUCUUUAGGGGAUGAGGAACGCUGGAAUGUAUGUGGAUAUCGGAUCUUAGUGCACGUUGUUAGGUGUAAUUAAUGCAACUCCCCUAAUCAUGUCGGAUUUUAAUGUACUGCGAGGUGCCUUGAUCGGUGUCUGACGGAAUUCAUUUCAGAAUUGGUGUUGGUUUACCCUCUUUUCACUCGAUUCUCAUAAUGUACAGCCACUUUCUGCAUGCGUUUGCGUAGACCCAACCCUACCGGGAGGAUGAGAACUCGCUGUCCGUGGACACAGCGGUGGCUGCCAAUCGUCAUGAUUGUCCCUCUCAACUGCUGAGAUUGAGAGCGGUAAUUGGGACUUCUAGUUCAUCUGAUGUGCACAGCCUUAUAGGAACUCUAUCGUUUAUUUUGCCGCCAAAAUCACCGAAGUUGAAAACUGUAGUGUCUUCCAACUGCCAUCCUUUAAGACAGUUGGCUUAUCUUGGUCGAAUGCGUAAGGCUUUAGUCAUUUUGUCUGUUCUAUAUUACGCACCAGAGUCAACAGACUUAGAGGCUAUCCAGUACAAUCGGCUGCACUUCAAAAUGUUGAUUAGGUCCGAAAUCAGAAAUAAGGAAAACAGCGUUUUCUUUAGUAUGCUUAUUAAUCAGUGGUGCCUUAGCAACUGGUAUCAGACAGAGCAGUGCUUAUGCGCGGACUUCAUAAUUCCCGAAGCCCUGAUAUGAUUCGUUGUCCGAUCCAUUCACGAGCAACUUAACGGUCGCGGGAUACACGCUGCGCGAGCAUGUGCUGAGGAGUUAAAGAAAAUAAUGUCGGUGUAUCCUUGCAGCCAAUUCACGUGUGAACAGUUCACUCCUACUUUCCUACCCCCAAAAAACUGUCCUAUUCUGCCCCAUUACAUAAUUUAUUAUGGCUGCAAUGACCUUUUCCGUAAUCGAGGGAAUUUUGGACCAAUUCUUCCUGUUAUUUGAUGUUUUUCCUAGAAGAUGAGGACGACGAGGUUGUCAGUGUUUCAUCGCUGAACCCUGCGGAAGGUGGUGAUACCAGCGCGUCGCUGGCUUUCGACACCCCGCCUGUGGGCGUCUCAACAACCAGUUCCGGUUCCAUGACGCCUAGUCGCCCGCCAGCCUAUGAGGCUCCAGUUCGCCCGACAACUAGCAAAGGGCGUACGCCACAGACCGCCCCUCUUUCUGGCCAGCCAGUAGGCAUCCUCAUUAUUUCUUAAUCACUAUACUGGCUGUAUUCUACGAAAAAAUGCAGCUGACCCUUUUAAAACGAAUAUACCUAACAUAUGUAUCAACAUAUAAGCAGAUGGAUGGCGUGGCUAUGGGCUCGCCCCUUGGCCCGCUUUUGGCGAAUAUAUUCAUGGGGAAGUUAGAAGCUUUCCAACUACGUCACCAGAUCAACGGUUUAAGAUACUAUGGGCGGUACGUGGACGAUAUAUUCUCAAUUGCACCGACACAAUGUGACAUCUCAAUUCCACUGGAUGAAAUAAAUCAGGCGUACCCAUCAAUAAAAUUCACUCUGGAAGAACAGUCCGGUCCACGUCCCUUUUUGGAUGUGCUUCUGAGUAGAAGGCCUGACGGCAGCAUUCGACGUAGCGUCUAUCGUAGGAAAACGUGGUCCGGACAAUAGACUCAUUUUGGGAGUUUCGAACAGCUAAACGUUAGACGCAAUUUAGUCCGCUGUCUGACAGAAAAAGUGAGAAGAAUCUGCUCAGCUGAUAGCGUUCAGAAAGAGCUUAAGAUCACCGAAAGCUCUUUUCGCCAGAACGGGUAUCCUGAUCGAUUCAUUUCUAAGAAUAUGGCCGAAAGGCCACAAAAGCCCCCGAUGCUGACGUCAGGUAAGAAAAGGAUCUUCAUCAGGGUCCCAUUUCAAGGGGAUGCACCAAGUGAACUUUUAAGAAGACGCCUAACUCACGCUGUAUCACAAACUUUUCCAGCAACUGACACCCGUGUACUGUUCUCCACCAGUACCAUCCUAUACGGAGAGGGCAAGGACAAACUACCAGCUCAGACCACCUCUGUGUAUAUUUACUCCUUCACAUGCUCCUGUGGGGCGGAAUAUAUUGGUCGCACGAGCCGGCGUUUAUCCAAAAGAAUAAAAGAACACCUUCCAGCAUGGCUAGGAAAGGGUCAAAUAAAGAACAUCAACAGCUCGAUCCUGGCGCACAUGGUAGACGCAGACCACGAUAUAGACGCCAGAAAGGCCUUCGGAGUGAUUUACAAGGUCCCGUCAAGCUAUCUAAAACCACUCGGGCAGCGCUUGUUGGUUACGGCAGAGGCGGCUGCAAUCACGCUACGCUGACCGGUCCUAUGUACACAGAAGAACUUCAUACAGGUCCCACAGUUGCCAAAGUCACCAAGCCAGCCACCCGCACAUAAUUGCCUUCACCGGGACCCAUCUUCUUCCUGGCGCUGACUGGAAUUGUGGCGUUUCACUCUCCCCCUCUCCUCCCCUCCCCAAACCCGAGCUACAGCAUAAUUAUCUACUUGCUCGUAUCCUUUAAUUCGUUACUUAAAUAGCCAUAUAAAUGCACAGGCCUGAAGAGAAUUUAUCAAAAGCAGACGUAUGCUCGCCAAAUUGCCUUUUGAAUAUAUCUAAUCUGACGAUCGCCCUUUCUCUGAGCGCAAGUUUAAAUAUAACAAAAGGUUUAGCUCCCCCCUCAAGCUUGCCUUCUGAGUGGAAAACGACGCUAAAUAGCUGUAUGUGUUUUUCUUUUGUUAAAUAUCGUUUGACGCACUAAGUAGGCCAGCACAAUUCUUCGCCACUCGCCUUUGUAUGUGUGAUGCUCCCGCGAAUUGCAGCUGGGAAGUAAACACAACUCUCAUAUGUCCAUGCAUUGACAUUUUCCGGCAUCUUAAUCGAAAUGGAAAACUAUAUCAAUUAGCCAUCAAACAAUUGUUUGUAAACUGUCAGUACGUCUGUUCCAGGUAUUCACCAGGCCAGUUGGAAACUCUAAAUCUGUAGCACAGUUAAUCGUCCACCUGACGCAACGGAUAAACAACCAAGAACAAUGGUAGACCUGCCGUGACAACUAAAGUCACGGAGAGACGCUAACCACCGUAUUCCUCAAGUCAGGUCGUCGUAGAAAGUACGGAUAGAAGCAAGUAGAAGAAUAGUUGAGUGAAGAAGAAGAGUCGAGCACCGGAACACUUCGUUUAUUAUCCUGAGCUUUCAGACUCCUGUACGAGUCUGAAAGCUCAGGAUAAUAAACGAAGUGUUCCGGUGCUCGACUCUUCUUCUUCACUUAUGCAUACACCUGGAACUCGAAAUUUCGCCUUCAUUCGUAAGAAUAGUUGAGUUUUGUACUGAAUGGGCGAAGAAUGUGCUGCUGGAGCAGAUUACCAGCGGCUAGGGCAAGCAUCGGAAUUUCUUGAAUGGGAGCCUGUCCGCAUCAGACCUGCAGUUUACUGGGCAGUUUUGAUUGGCUGCGACUGACUAGACGUCAUACAGUGCCCCGCGGCGUCAGUGAUGGGCUGUCACGGAGACAGCACACAGAGCCUCGCCAUGCCAGACGUGCGAACUACCGUUGACACCGACGUGUAGACAUAUGCCAGACCCAGUACGCUGGCAGACGUCGAUAGCGGGGCCGCUACGGACCUACUGCCUGCCUAGUGUGUAAUACAUUGAUGUUACUGUGAAUUUGACAUUUAAUUCUUUCAUCGGUUGUCGAGUAGCCUCCUUGGGGCUUUUUUGCAGCAUUGCUGUCAGCAACUCGUUGCCGCUGUGACUGCUUGUUCAAAAGUUAGUUUCCCCUCGCCUAGUCCGUAGCCCUCUGUUUUUUUAAACUGUAGACCCACAUAAAUAAGAGAUCUGCUGCUGUGUUCUUGGUAUUGUCCUUCACAACGAUACAAGAUAUCGCAAAGUGGAUAAUGGAGAGCAAAAAUAUCCCAGUGGGAUUAGAAAAAACAGUGGCCUGUGAAUCGGGCGUGGUAGGAAGUUAGAUCGUCCGGUCUAGCUGGCACUGCAAUCUUGAGUCGCAUAUAAAAUUCGAAAACAUGCAGAUCGUCUUGGCUGACCCGACUAAUUUACAGAAAACCCCACCUUUCUGUAGGUAUCACUUUCAUGACUGCAGUUAGAAAAUGAAUUUGAUGGAAACAGUAUGACAGUGAGACAUCGGCAGAUGCAAGUAGUCGAAAAAAUUGAUCACGUAACUAAAUGCAAUAGCCCUAGUCCUUCUCUGUUUAACUCGAAUGCUCCGUCGUAGUCGUGGUAGCAUGCGCUGACUGUAAUAACUUGACAGUGCCGGGUGUGGUAGCACGCCCAGGGAUGGCUCUGACCGCGUGAGCCACCUGCGCCCCUCCCACUUCCAGUCUUCUUCAUUAGGUCUUGCCAACGGACCCAGAUGGGGAAGGAGGAGAGAGUGCGGUAGAUGUCGCGCAAGUCUACUACCCGUAUAAACUAUGUCAUCGUUUCUGUCCUUAUCCUGCUGUGGAGCACACGGUGGAUAUCAUCGCGAUCGACAGUCGAACUGUCAACUCAGCAGCAUUCUAUCUUGCCUUUUGCAACCUAAGCGAGGAUUUCCGCUGCCUUCCCUGUAGACUUUUCAUAGCGGAAGAGAUUUGAUGAAAGUUCGUAUACUUAGUAAAUUAUUCAUAUUCGGGUGCAUUCCUGAUUGUGCAUCCAGGGAUGGAAUGUCGCCCGGACCGACAAAUUCGCCGACGAAAAGUAUCUUUUUGCUUCAUUGUAACUCACCGUACCAUAGUGAUCUAUGAGCAUUCGUGGUAUGUACGGCGCUGAGUAGCCUUACGCUUUGCACUACAUCUGCCUGCGAUCACAAGUACCCUAAAUUCUAGGCCCACGUCUGCCUCUGGUUCGGCAUCGGAGUGCUCAUACAUCCACAAGUGCUUCACCACAACUCCACAGACAUCUUCAGAUGCUAGUCUGUAUCGGGAACCAUUUCUAGCGUUUAUUUAGUAAAUAGUUCCGUCCCUUUUGAGUUCUCAGUCCAUAUAACACUGAUUCCGGAAGAUUAAUACUUCUACAGAGGGGUGUGACUUCGAUAUACAUGUUAAAAUGUUUCCGAUUAUUAUUUUCAUUAUUAUUAUUAUUUGCUUCCCGCUGCAUGCAUUAUUAUCAGUUUAAAUUUGACCAUAUUUGAGACGGACAGUUACUGAUAGUUUUUCCUCUUUGAUUUCAUUCAGGUGCACUUGCCAAGAAGCCAGAACCGGUAA